AUGCUGUUGACACGGGGCCCGCCCGCCGGUUACAACGAGUGGGCAGAAGAUAUGGGUCUUGAUGAAUGGAGCUGGAAGCAUGUUGAACCAUAUUUCAAGCGUAUGGAGAACUGCAAGGCGCAUCCUGGCAAGGAUUAUCGUGGCUAUGACGGACCAUUAUUAGUCAGACAAUUUCCGCUGCCAUUUGGUGUCUAUCCUUAUUUGGAGAAGGCUUGCGAGGCUCUAGGGCUUCCGAUUCGUGAUGACAACAACGAUCCAGAUGGCCCAGUUCAGGGAUAUUUUAAGCUCGACGCCACAGUUGAUGAGCGCGGAGAGCGUCUUUCCGCAUAUCACGCGUAUUUGAACAAGCGUAUAGCCCUCGAACGACAAGCAAAUUUGACCAUUUGCACUGGUGUUGUGGGCUCAAAACUGGAGGUAAAUGGCAAGACUCGCCAAGUCACUGGAGUGUACCUCAGGUCUAUCGACCCAAACAAUACCAAAAAAUACCUGGUCAAGGCUCGUCGUGAAGUCAUCAUAAGCAAUGGCACUCUGCGGUCACCUCAGAUGCUACUUUUGAGUGGAAUUGGCCCCAAAGAGUAUAUCAAAUCUCAGGGUAUCACCCCCAUUCACGAUCUUCCAGCCGUAGGCAAGCACCUUGAAGAUCAUUAUGCAGUGCCUGUCAUGCUGGAGCUCCCCAUGCAAGACACCAUCCAUCAAUUGUCUACCGGCCUCAUUGCCUUAUGGCAUAUAAUUUUAUAUUUCGUUUUCGGCCGCGGACUGAUGAGCGCUCCAUCUACGCAAACCACGGCUUUUGGCCUUGACACGAUGGACAGCUUUCAAAAGCGCAACAUUCCCGAUGUCGAGAUCAUGAUCAACCCUAUCAACUCCAUUCAGAAGGAUCUGCCUGGUCGAUCUCUAUUCACCUUUCAUACGGCCCUUAUGCAGCCAUUGUCCCGGGGUCGUGUCGAGCUUGCCUCUAUAGACCCUCUUGUUCAGCCUCGUGUUUACUACCCCUUCUUAACAAACGAACAAGAUCUUGUGCCUCUACGUGCUGGCAUUCGCUUCUCCAUGCGGAUGGGCGAGGGUAUUAGCAAAACUGGCUAUCCCCACCCUGCGCCACUUGUCUUCGGUCCUGGUAUGGAUCAAGCUACAUUUGGCCGGUUCAUGGAAGAAAUCCCCGACCCCGUUGCGGCAGAAAGCACUUCGCUGAAAGAAAUGUUCGGAUCUACACCGGCUGUUCUGAAGGAGCUCAAGUUCAACCCGGUGAAUAAAAGCUGGCGUGAUGUGACCGAUGAAGAGAUCGAUGCUUACGCCCGUCACGCAGCCGUCGCUGCACUUCACUACUCAAGCUCCUGCCGCAUGUCUCAGACUCCCAAAGAUGGUGUCGUCGAUCAGCGUCUGCGAGUCCAUGGCCUCAAGGGUUUGCGAAUCGCGGACGCGAGUGUGUUUCCAAAAUGUCCAGCUGCACACACCAUGGCUCCAACCAUAAUGGCCGAGGAAAUGGAGAGCCUGGUGGACUCCGGUCGAGAGAAGCUUCAGAAUUCAUCAACGAUCUAUUAG